AUGCACGCCGUCUGUCAGGUGGAUGCUGUCGGAAAUUUGGUGGCCGUGUCGGCCAUGAAUGAAUCGAUUACGGAAACGAGCACGAUCAAACUGCCGUUCGCCAGUUCCUCGAAAGAUCUCGCUGCCCAAGAUGAAGAUGACGAAGAGGAUGAAGAUGAACAGUCCGACAGUGAAUAUUCCGAUGAACCUGACGGUGACGUCGCGGUGGCCGUGUCAUUUAAAUUGGCGCGGAAACCGUCGAAGGGGAAGGGCUGCGGAGGGCGCAGUGCCGCUUCCAGCCGGAAGACGUCUAUUGCCUUGGAUCCCGUCAAAGACUUCCUCGACAAGGCGCGGGACGAGUUCAAGCAGCGGUGGGAGAACCCGGCACAGAACACAGCAACACUCGAUGACUUUGACCGGAUCAAGACGCUGGGCACCGGAUCUUUCGGCCGGGUGAUGCUGGUCAAGCACAAGGCGUCCAGCAAUUAUUAUGCUAUGAAAAUUUUGGACAAACAAAAGGUCGUAAAGCUGAAACAAGUGGAGCACACGCUGAACGAGAAGAAAAUCCUGCAGGCCAUCGAUUUCCCCUUUCUCGUCAACAUGACAUAUUCAUUUAAGGAUAACUCAAAUCUGUAUAUGGUGCUGGAGUUCAUCAGCGGCGGCGAGAUGUUCUCACAUUUGCGGCGUAUCGGCCGGUUUUCCGAGCCGCACUCCCGGUUCUACGCGGCACAGAUCGUGCUCGCUUUCGAGUACCUCCACUCGCUCGACCUCAUCUACCGAGAUUUGAAACCGGAAAAUCUGCUCAUCGAUUCCACCGGGUAUAUCAAGAUCACCGAUUUCGGUUUCGCGAAGCGGGUGAAGGGCCGUACAUGGACAUUGUGCGGAACGCCCGAAUACCUCGCACCUGAGAUCAUUUUGUCAAAGGGCUACAACAAGGCCGUCGACUGGUGGGCCCUCGGUGUGCUAAUCUAUGAAAUGGCCGCCGGAUACCCGCCAUUCUUCGCCGAUCAACCCAUCCAGAUCUAUGAGAAGAUCGUCUCCGGGAAGGUGAAAUUCCCGUCGCACUUCUCGACUGAGUUGAAAGACCUGCUAAAGAACUUGUUACAAGUCGACUUGACGAAACGGUUCGGAAACCUGAAGAAUGGUGUCGCUGAUAUCAAGAACCACAAGUGGUUCGGCUCCACCGAUUGGAUCGCCAUCUACCAGCGCCGGAUUCAACCGUCAUCGUUCGCCAAACAAGAGCAGGGCCGUCUCUUCGCCGCUCUCUACCCAAAAAUCGAGGGCCCAGCCGACACGAGGCAUUUUGUCGAGGAGACCAAGGAGGAGCCACUCUCCGUCUCGGCCGUCCCGCUCGAAGUCGACACCUUCGCCGAGUUC